CCGCGCGUGACGUCAAUUUGGACUCGACGGACCAACACUUCAGCCUUUGUUCAGUUGUUCUCUGUACUUGUGGUGAUUACUUGGGAUUAGUUGAUCCGAAGAUUGUGGUUAUUUUUGUGGUUGUAAAGAAAAAUGUGUGACGAUCACCAUCACCAUCACCAUGGGCACGAUCAUAGUCAUGAUCCUGAGGACAACAGUGCUCAAUUCAGUCUUUACAUGAAAAUUGAUUUAGACUCACUUCAAUGUUUAAAUGAACGGGAAGAUGGGUCAGGAAAAACUAUAUUUAAACCUUGGGAUGAAAGAUUUAAUCAGGAAAAGUGUGUUGAAAGUGACGUUGAUGCAGAACUUCUUUUUAAUAUCCCUUUUAAUGGCACAGUAAAGCUUAAAGCUUUGUCGAUUAUUGGGGGAGAAAAUAUGUCUUUUCCCAAGGAAAUGAGGCUUUUCAAAAAUAUCCCAGAUAUGACUUUUGACAAUACUGAAAAGGAAGCAGAUCAAGUGUUUUCGUUUCCGAGUCCGGGAAAUGAAUUAAUUCUAUUAAAAUUUCCCACAAAAGCUGCAAAAUUUUCAAAUCUAAGCCAUCUGUCAAUAUUCUUUCCAGACAAUGGUCGAGAGUCAACUAAGAUUUAUUAUAUUGGCCUUGCUGGAGACUUCAUGCAGGCACAAAGAGAGGCACUUGUUGUUACUAAUUAUGAACUGAGAGCAAACCCUGCUGAUCACAAAACGUCUUUGUUUGACCAGUCUAGUCACAUGAUCAGCUAAUCCUCAUAAUCAUACGGCUAUAUAGUGUGCUGGUGUGAUUUCAGGAUCUGUAUGGUGAUGUAAUACUGGUUUUAUGGAAAAGUCAAUAAGAUGGCAACACUUGGCAGCUUGGUGAUGCUAGGUUUUGGACUAUGACAUUCCUUUGUUUGAGAUGUAGCCUACUGUCAGAUUCUCCUUUGGAAUAGAAUACUUUAUCCAUAUUGAAGUUUUCAAUCAGAGGUAGAUUUCAUAUUUUCAGAUAAUUUUUCGAAUAUGAAAAGUUUGAUUCACCUAGAUGCCAUAGAAAUUAACCAGAGAUAUUUAUGAUAUUUAGGCUAGGUGUGAAUUUUAUAUGCAACAUUUUGACACCUAUAAUAUUAUGAUGACAAUUUUUUAAGAACCUACCGUAAGUACUGAUACAUACACAGUAAUACACUAGAUGGGACUCAAUUAAGGUUGUAUUAUUGGCAUUCUAUAUCAACUUUGAAAUUUUACUACUUCAUUGCUUUUGUAUAGAGACUCAUCUUCUAAGUUGAAUUAAAACAUUCUCCUCACUCAGCUCCUAGAUAGAUUUUCAGGUUUUCAUUAAAGUUUGAUAUGGUGAUAUCAAAGUCAGUUAUAUGGUAUCAUAUAUCUUUGUAAUUGUAUGAAAAUAAUUAUUCCUGAUAAAAAUCAAUUUUUCAAAAGUUAAUAAUGUCUUAACAAGCAUCAAGAAUAAUGACUGAAUUUUUUUAUCUUCAAUUCUUGGCUCCCACGAAUAAAAAAUGGAAAUGAUUAGUUGUUUCAUAUGCUGCUAAAUUUCUGUCUUCAUUGAAUAAAUAUCAUUAUGUCAAAUUUUUUGCUGGUACAGUUUUGACAUAUUUAUAUAAGUUUGGGCUUAUAUGCUAGGAUAUCCAUAUUCAAACUACAGUACAGCAUAUAUAUCUUGUUAACAGCGACAUACUAGAUCUAUUACUUAUUUUGGCUUCAAUAAUCUGAAUUUUUUAUUUAUUUCACAUCUAUUCUGCUAAACAUUUUAAUUUGAUAGGCCUAUCGUUUGAUUUUUAUAAGAAGAUUUGGAUAGAUAUGAUUUCAUAAUUCGGCAUCACAGCUUAUACAGUUAUGUAUUUUUAGUGAAAGGCUUUUGCUUACCACAAUGGGCCUUAUCGAAUCAGUGGGCAGAAUAUAGACUCGUUGCGCUUUCUAUUAUUUAAAAAUGCAAAUUUUAAAUUUAUGCAUGAAGUAUUUAUGUGGAGAUCAAUUUGAAUUAGGUUAUGCAUCUUCUGCUGCUACAAACAGAGUCAUUGUAGUGUAACUUGGUUGGCCAUAUUCCAUGAAUAGCAUUGUCUUGUCCUUGAAACAUUUAUUAUUUGUUAUCACUCUUUGUCACUUGAGGUGACAAUAAUACUGACUAUAUUUCUGAAAAUGUUGUGAAACUAUUGUCCCAAGGUUGAUUUCAGUUAUCAAAUGUGAAAUUUAAUUUUUCACAUCCAAAUUCUCGUUUUAUUUUUGUUAGAA